GAAAGGAAGUUGUGCCCCUCCACUUCCCAGACGUAGCGCCCCACUGUCAGCGGGGGGAGAGACUACGUCUUCUAGAGGACAACAAUAGAGCCCUGAAACUGAAGCCUGGGGCUUUCAACCAACACAAGCUACAACAUAUACUGCUGGAGAAUGAGCUUCAAGAUGUUCUCCAGGAGAAGAAGCACUUGAGUCUUCACUUGUUCAACAAUAGCCAGAACACAGUCCAAUAUGAACAGGUGAAGUCAGAGUAUGCGCAGCUCAAAGAGACCCUUGGUGCUGUGACUCAGGAGAGAGAUUCAGCCCUGCAGGAGAAGACCCAGCUCCAAGGCAAACUGGAGAACCUAGAGCAGGUGCUAAAGCAUAUGCGCGAGGCUGCAGAGCGGAGGCAGCAGCUAGAGUUGGAGCAUGAGCAAGCCUUGGCUGUACUCAAUGCAAAGCAGCAGGAAAUUGACCUUCUGCAGAAGGCUCAGGUUGAGGCUAAGAAGGAGCAUGAGGGCGCCGUCCAUCUGUUAGAGAACCACUUGGACAGCAUGCAGGCCAAAGUCCGAGAGCUGGAGGAGAAAUGUCGGACUCAGAGUGAGCAGUUCAACCUCCUGUCCAAAGAGCUGGAGAAGUUCCGGCUCCAGACCGGAAAGUUUGAUGUCCUUGGCAGUGGCACCGAUCCCUUAACAGCGGGUGAAACCCCCGGAUCUCCCAACAAAUCCCUCAACGGGCUGGCUGCCCCCACAGUGAAAGGCAGUGAGAGUCCGCUGAGCAGAUCUGUGAUCUCUGAGUUCAUCCGACCGCUCCAGAUCAGUGGGGACAAGCCGGAGCUCCUGUCUGUAAAGCCAACAUUCCUCACCCGCAGCAGCAGCCAGGCUGAGAGCUCCCAGCGGGCCCUCCUCACCGAGAUGGACAAAGAACUAAGCUCAACGACUAGGACCAAGAAGAGGUUCACAGGCAAGGUCCGUCUGUGCGUCGCCCGGUACAGUUAUAACCCCUGUAAUGGGCCCAAUGAGCAUCCUGAGGCAGAGCUCCCCCUGGUGGCAGGGAAGUACCUCUACGUGUACGGCACCAUGGAUGAUGACGGCUUCUAUGAAGGAGAGCUGCUGGAUGGACAGCAGGGCCUCGUCCCUUCCAACUUUGUGGACUUUGUUAAGGAUGAGGAGAUGCCCUCUGCUCAGCACAGGGACGGGGCCAAAGAGUCAGGCUACCUCAGUAGUAACCACAGCAGCCUGGGCUCCACAGGGCUGGGCAGCAUGGGCCUGAGCAGCAUCAGCAGCCUGCUGUCUGACAGUAAGCUGGACCUGGAGACCAGCCUGGAGAGAAACCUGGAGAGAAACCUGGGGAGCAACCUCAGUUCCACUUUGGGUUCCACUCACUGUUCCACUCUUGGCAGCCACAUGGGUUCCACUCACGGUUCCACUCUGGGCAGCCACGUGGGUUCCACUCUGGGCAGCCACGUGGGUUCCACUCUGGGCAGCCACGUGGGUUCCACUCUGGGCAGCCACGUGGGUUCCACUCUGGGCAGCCACGUGGGUUCCACUCUGGGCAGCCACAUGGGUUCCACUCUGGGCAGCCACAUGGGUUCCACUCUGGGCAGCCACAUGGGUUCCACUCUGGGCAGCCACAUGAGUUCCACCCACGGUUCCACUCUGGGUUCCACUCACUGUUCCACUCUGGGUUCCACUCACUGUUCCACUCUGGGUUCCACUCACAGUUCCACUCUAGGCAACCACAUGGGUUCCACUCUGGGUUCCAGUCACGGUUCCACUGGCCUGGGUUCCAGUCUGAGCAGCACUCUGACUAGCCUGGGCAGCAGCAGCCUGGGCGUGGACUUUCUGGGCUCCAUGGGUUCCUGCAGUAACGGGACAGGGACCCUGGAUGUCAGCAUUGACGAGAUUGGUGAAAACAUCGUGCCUUACCCUCGCCGCAUCAAUCUGAUCAAACAGCUGGCCAAGAGUGUGAUCGUGUGCUGGGACCCACCGGUGGUGCCACCCGGCUGGGGUUCCAUCAGUGGCUACAACGUCCUGGUGGACAAGGAGGUGAGGAUGAGCGUGCCUUUUGGAGGCAGGACAAAGUCGCUCGUUGAAAAGCUGAACCUGGCCACCAACACCUACCGCAUCUCGGUGCAGAGCAUCACGGAGCAAGGCCUGUCUGACGAGCUGCGCUGCACUCUGCUGGUGGGGAGGGACGUGGUGGUGGCUCCUUACUACCUGAGGGUGGACAACAUCACACAGACCUCUGCUGAGCUCUCCUGGCAGCCUAGCAACAGCAACUACAGCCACACCAUCUUCCUGAACGACGCUGAGUAUGACAUGGUGAAGGCAGGGGCCUACAAGUACCAGUUCUUCCAACUGAAGCCCAUGACCGUUUACAAGGUGAAGGCCGUGGCGCGGACACACCAGAUGCCUUGGCAGCUGCCCCUGGAGCACAGGGACAAGAGGGAGAUCUCUGUGGAGUUCUGCACCCAGCCUGCAGGUCCUCCCUUCCCUCCCCAGGAGGUGCAGGUUCAGUUGGGCCAAAACCCUGGGGUGCUGCAGGUACGAUGGAAGCCCCCCCUCCUCACCCCCACUGGUACCUCCAACGGAGCCAACGUGAUUGGCUAUGCCGUGUGCACAAAGGGACAAAAGAUAGCGGAGGUGAUGUACCCUACAGCAGACUAUGUGACAGUGGAGUUGAACAGGAUCCAGUGUCUGGAGGCCAGGGAGGUCAUUGUCAGGACGUUAUCAGCAGAAGGAGAGUCUCAGGACUCCGUGGCCACCAUACCGCACAGUUUCCUGGGGCCUCCCCAUCACUCACCCCACCAUCGCCCCCCUGCACACCCCCAUCCUUUGCCCCAGCACCAUCCGCCACACACACAAACACACCCGCCCUACCCCCAGACCUACCCCUUGUCACACCCCCAACCUCAGGUCCACCCUCAAUCCCAGCCCUACACCUUGCCCCAUGGUCAGCCGCUGCGCCACCCACCCUCUCACCCCCACCCCCAACACCAGCCUUAUCCCAUGUCUAAGCCCAAACUAGUAAGUGCCAGAGAGUCAGAAACCAAAGAGCAUGAGGUAGGCCUGCGGCCUGGCCCGCCCUGGGAACGCUCCCUCUCGCCCCUCCCUCCUCCCAUGUGUGGUCACACUCUGGAGGCGCCCCACUUCCAGGGGCGCCGUUCGCCCUCUCCUCAGAGGAUCCUGCCCCAGCCUCAGGGAGCCCCCAUCCCCAACACCAUCGCCAAGGCCAUGGCCAGGGAAGCUGCACAGAGAGUGUUCGCUGAGAGUAACCGGAUUGAGAAGAGGAACAUCUUCAGUGAGCGGAGCAUAAACUCUGAUGAGGAGGAGGAUGGUUAUGACUCUCCCCACACCAGGAGGAGAGGGGCGUCUGUGGAUGAAUUCCUCAGAGGCUCGGAACUAGGGAGACAUGUACGGCACCACUACAGCCACAGUGAAGAGUACCAGACAGAGAGCAGCCGCGGCUCCGACCUGUCUGACAUCAUGGAGGAGGACGAGGAUGACCUGUACUCUGAGAUGCAGCUGGAAGAGGGCCGUCGGCGUAGCAUCAACUCUCACAACACUCUCAAGAUUAUAGGGAACUCCCCCUCCCAUGGAUGCUCCCAUGGCGACCGGCUGGACCAUUCAGGGAGGAGGCCGGUCCACGGCGGCAACCCCCCACAGCGACGGCCCAUGAUGGUUCCUUCCAUUGAUGGGUACGGCGGGCAGGGCCGCGGGCGCCGGUCGCCAGAAUACUACGAAGAGUCAGAGCCAGAGGACCUGGCACGUAUAUUUGUGGCCCUGUUUGACUACGACCCUCUGUCCAUGUCCCCCAACCCUGAUGCUGCUGACGAGGAGCUGCCCUUCAAAGAGGGGCAGAUCAUCAAGGUGUUUGGGGAUAAGGACACGGAUGGUUUUUACAGGGCAGAGAUCCGUGACCGUCCAGGUCUGAUCCCCUGUAACAUGGUGUCAGAGAUCCAGACUGAGGAUGAUGAGAUGAUGGACCAGCUACUCAAACAGGGCUUCCUCCCACUCAACACUCCUGUAGAGAAAUUAGAGAGGAACAGGCGGAGUGGGCGUCAGCACCCCUCGUCCACACGUAGAAUGGUGGCCCUGUAUGACUACGACCCCAGGGAGAGCUCCCCCAACGUGGAUGUGGAGGCUGAACUGACAUUCUGCGCUGGUGACGUCAUAACAGUUUUUGGUGAAAUUGAUGAAGAUGGGUUUCAUUAUGGCGAGCUCAAUGGACACAAAGGUCUUGUUCCCUCCAACUUUCUAGAAGAAGUGCCUGACGAUGUUGAGGUUUUUCUCACUGACACUCCAUGUGGAGAUUCUCGAUACCCGCAGGACGCUGCAGCGCUGAUAAAGACCAAAAGGGUUCCGUUGGGAAAAUCGAGUCUGCCCAGAAGAGCUGCCUACCCCAAAGUGCACCAACACAUCCCCGGCACUGGCCCUGCUACCGUGGGGCCUGGCAGUCCCAUCAGGGGCCCCCGCGACUUGUCCUCCAAAAAGAAAAAGGGACUGCUCUCCAAAGGGAAGAAUCUAUUGAAAAGACUUGGCACUGUAAAAUAACCCCUUCAUAUACUUGAAGUAUAUUACCAACCACAUCAUAGAGGGCUCUAUUCAAUCUGUAGUGCUGAAGCGGUACAGAUUCCGUGAUAGAAAUGUAAAGGUCAUCUCCGAUUGAGCAGUGUUUACCAUGAAUGCGGUCUCCACUAAAGCUGGUACAUUGCCUUUAAAUUUCAAUCACGCUGAAAAGCUGAAUUUCCUCGAUUCGGAUUGAAUAGAGCCCUAAAUCUCAAACACUUCCAUUACUGUAAGUUCAGUCCUGUGAGAAGAAAAAUCCAGUGGUUGAAGAUUUUGAUGGCAUUUAAUAACAAGUCAGAUGCUGUACUCUUACACAUGUUGUUGUCUACUAGAAACCAUUUAUUUUUUAAUUGCAGUGUGUAUUUUGAAUAAGGUCCAGGGACCUCAUAGUUUGACAUUUAAUGUCAUAAGCCAACCUCUCUGGUCAUGUAUAUUUUGCUAUCUGAAGCACAAGACUGCAAUGCGAUGGGAUAAAAUAUUCUCCAUCUUGAAUUGGCCAAUAGUAUGUAGGUGUGUGUUUGACUGAAGACUACAAUGUCCCCCAGAAUAUGAGGUGUUUAAACCAGUCUCUUUAGGGCUGAGACCACCGAUAGAGCUCAGAAUGGCCAGUCAACAUCAUACUUGAUGAGACUACUACUGGUGGCCCUUCCUAACCAUACACUUCAUGUUGUAGUACCCAAAUGAUGCAAGGAAAAGAGCAGGUUUAUGGCAGCUGAGGUCCUUGUAUGGGAACUGUAUGGGAGGUUUGCAUGUUUUACCUGAAAGCACAUCCAGAAUGAUCAAAUCCCACCCAACAUUUGAAGCACAUGCUAACUGAUGGCCUUUUCUAUCAGAACAUGUUAGCAAGGCACAUGUGCAUGCUAUGUCGGUGCAUUUGAUGACAGAAUCUACACUGAGCAAAAUGUACUAAAUUUAUUUUAGUAGUAAAAAGCAUGUCCUCGUUUUCUUUACCUCCAUACAGAAUAUUCCAUACAAACCUAAUUGUCAGAUUGGUUCUUAGUUCAACUCAAGCCCAGGUACACAUUUGACUAGUCACGACCUAGAACCUGAAUCUGUGCACUGGUAAAAUAUGCUACAUCUCCAGAAAGACCGAAGUCAGAUAAGCAAGUAUCAAUUCCUAACAGCAAGUAUUAGUUCUUCAAACACACCAAAAUACCUCUGGACAAGCACAUUAGAUAGGAAAGGAUUUCAAGAUUCAGUUUCUUUAUUUUUUAAGUAGUUGAAUGGUCAUGAAAUGCCUAGUUGAAACCAACCUCCAUUUAUUUGCCUUAUAAAUGCACAAUUGUUUGUGUCCAGUCAGUGGAGAUUUUUUAUGUCUUGUAUGCAUUCAUGUCAUUGCAAUACAUACUUCUAAACAUGAAAUAUUUUUGCAAAAGAUGUUUAUCAAAGCUCAUGAUGUGCAUUUUAUUACUUGUAAGAGUGUCAUGUUUUCUGGAGGACCUGAGCAUUAUUAGCUUGUUUGAAACUUAAGAAGGCCCAACUUUACACUCUUCAUGUUCUGUCCACAUUAAAAUGACAAAAAGAGAAAAAAAAAGAAAUAAGUGUGGUGAAAAUGUAAAGGUGUAUUUAAUGUUUUUUUUGUCAGUACAUUGUCACUAUUUUGACACAAAAUUCAAGGCACUUUUAUUUUGUUCUUCAUGUUAUAUACAAUACUUGCAAUGUGUUCAUUCUGCAUUCACAAUCCCAUUUUGACAUAGGUUUGUGUACAAGACAAUGGACAAGAAGGAAAUGUAAUUGAAGGCCGGUUCAAUCAAAACUGUUUCCAGGAUAAGUUUAAAUCAGCAUUCUUCCUGUGCAACAACAAAGCAUGGUGUGAAUUAAUGUGCAGUUGGUUACCAUUUUGUUUAAAACAAAACAUUUUUGUAGAGUACACUCCAAACUUGCAUUAUGCAGUAGGAGAAUGUUGUUUUUGACUUAUCCCAGACACAAGGUUUGAUAGAAUAACCUUCAUUGGAUGUAAGUCAUACUAAGUUAUUUUUUGUUACAUAGAAAUUGUGAUUUCAACAAGACAAGUCUACCUCCAUAAUGACCCCUAGAAUUCCAACUAAUUUGACUCCAUGUUCACAGAAGCCAACUCUAUUUCAUUUAUGAAACUGAGCUCUUUCUGUUUGCCCAGAAGUAUUGUAUUUGUGUCAGCCCCCAACUAGCACACAGAGUAGUGAAUGUAUGAUUAAUUGAAAGCCAAUGUAUUAUAUUUAUCAAAACUAUCCAUGAUGAGUAUGCAGAUGUUCAGCCGUUUUCUGGUCCAGUUUGUAUGUGAAAGGAAACCUUUUUCCAUCUGUUAAGAACCUCUUACACUAUUUUGUUAAUCAUUUCAUCUUUCCAUUCAAUUUACAUCACUGUUUUGUUUUUGAACUACUACUUACAUGAGAUUUGAACUGAGACUGCCAAAAAAGAAUGUAUCAAAAGCAUUCUGUAUAACGUUCUGUACAAUUCUCAGCCAAAUAGGCAUUUCAAUCUACAGUUAAUAGAUGUACAUCUUUUCCAUAAUAAGUUGUCUGUCAUUGCUUCUAUACAUAUUGUUUGAGUGACUUGCUCUUUUUGUACUUUGUCCAUUUGUAAAUUGUUUUUAAAUGUUUAUACUUGAUUUUCAGACUGCCUUUUUUGUACAUAAAAAUUUAUAAUCAAACUGUGCAAAGCUUUCCCCAUGGUGUCUUCAAAACCAUGUUUUAAAAGUCUGCAAUUGUGUGCUAGCUUUAUGAAAAGAAAUAACCUAUAUUGGGGGUUACAAAAUAUUGUGUGGGUGUGCAUGUGCAAUUUUUUUUAUAAAACAAAUUUGAUAUUUUGUAA